UUAUCAGCGUGUGAUAUAGCGCGUGAGUUUGCUCGUGCUGCUGUGUCAUGGCGAGAGCCGCGAGUCCGGAGCUUGUAGAGGGCGCAUUGCUGCCAGAGAACAGUCGACUCGGUCAAGCCAAUAUCGAUUGGGAUAAUGGUUUAGGGGAAUUUCGCGUCGGUCACUGCUGACAGAUCAUUUGUCGUGUAGCUCCUUCACGUUGAUGCGGAUGAAAGGAAACUGGCUAAGAUAGGCCAAUGUCAGUGAAAUGAGAGGUAUGGGAUACCCCUGCAAGAUGCUGCAGUGCUUUCAAGUCAGUCAGUGAAAGGUGUUAUCCCUAGGGAUAUGUACUCUGCUUCUUGGUUGUUUUCCGGAGCGAAUCAAGUGUUAGUUAUCCCUCUUCGCAACUGUGCCUAGUCUGGGGGGGUUUGGACCUAUGUCUAUCGCAGUCUAUGUUGAGGAAAAUGCACCAAAGUUAUCACGAACUUUACUUGAAGAUGAGCGUUACUUCGCGAAGCCGAUAAGAAAGAUUUGUGGACAAUUCGGGUGGUUGUCGCAGCUCGGUACGUUUCCAGUCGACAGCGGACAAGUUGAACCGAGAAGGAAAAUAAGAAAGGAUACGGCUAUGGCUGGUGUUGGGUGGCAGCAGCGCGUCUAUUCCUUGACUUUGUGGCUUCUUCACCGGAUAUGUCCGAUGCGAACCGACACUUGCUCUCAGAUUCCAGGGGAGACAGAAUCAGCCUCUGCCGGAAGACGGAACUAUUCUUCUUAUGGGGCCUCCGGCCCACCUUGUUGCAAUGCAGGCAAAUCCUGUGCCAGAUGCCAAUCAAAAACAUACGACCUAGACCUCAAGUUACCGGAAUCAAGGAAGCCAGCAGGUUACAACGCGCAAAACGAGGGGACAGGGCCAUCUAGCCUCUUCAGCAAUCGGAGCCGAUAUGCUGCCCCGGGACGAGCCAAUUCAAUAAGAGUUAAGACAGCGGGUGAUCACAAAGGCGCUAAGGGCAGGGAACCGAAAUAUCGCCCCUUAAGGAAUCCACUCAUGAUACUUCUCAUCAAAGAAGCGCGGCCUCCCAUCAGAGAGGAAAUAUGACCUGCUUAUGCCAUAACACUAAUGAUCGACGUCGUGUACAGACACGGACAGACAAAUGGAGGAUGUGAAUUAGAGUACCAGGUGAUGCGAGACGAUUGGCGGUUGUUGUCCUUGUCCCC